UGUCAGUGCGGCGGUAAAAGAAAUUGAAAAGACCGUCAAGUUUUUAACAAUAUUUUUGAAAACUUACCAAAAAUGGACGAAGACGGAGAUAGUAUUCUGUUAGAAGACAAUUAUUAUCAGUUGCUUAAUGUAUCAAAAACGGCAACACCCGAGGAAAUAAAUAGUGCAUACCGUCGAUUUUCCCGCAUAUUUCACCCAGAUAAGCACAGCACAGAUCCAAACAAGCAAAAAUGGGCUGAACAGAUAUUCAACAAAGUCAAAGAGGCCUAUGAGGUUCUAUCAGAUUCACAUAAAAGAGCCAUCUAUGAUACCUUAGGAAAGAGAGGUUUGGAAGUUGAUGGUUGGGAGAUUAUAUUUCGUACCAGAACGCCUCGAGAAAUAAGAGAUGAAUAUGAAAGGUUGAAACGCGAAAGAGAAGAAAGGAGACUACAGCAAAGUGCGAAUCCCAGGGGUACCAUAACACUGUCAAUAAAUGCAACAGACCUUUUUAUGAAGUAUUACGAUGAAUAUGAUAUUUUAGAAGAUGCAGCUAUUAUACCAAGUAUUGAAGUUUCCGGUAUGACAAUACAACAAUCUAUUGAUGCCCCGGUGACGCUUAGAAAUACUGCUACACUAUCAGGGAAUAUUUCAACGCAAAAUGGGACAGGCACCGGUUCAUUAACUGUAUCAAAUCGGCACUUAAGUUCAGAGCGUGGGUGGACUGAGUUGGAAUGUGGCAUUGGAAACGGUCCAGUGGUCGGUUUCAAGAUAUUUAGAACAAUAUCCAGGCUCAUGUUUGUCAAUUGUUGGACUGGUCUUCAAUUUACGCCGAGAGGGAUAGUACCGAGUUUUGUUUCAACUAUGGCAUUACAGCUCGAUGCCCAUUCAGUGGGUUAUUUAACCUACCGUGCGGGCGGUCAAAGUGGUUCUUCAAUGACUUCGACAUAUGUGAGAGAUACCGAGAAAUAUCAUAUUAAUACGGCGGUACAAAUUGGCAACCCUCAUUCCGUUAUAUCGUUCAAUUUCAUGAAGAAGCUACCUCAGCAUGAUCUCAAGCUGCGCUUGGCUUUAAAAUUCGGUACGUUCGGUGCAAUAGCUGAGUAUGGAGCGGAGAAAAAGGUGUCGCAAAAUAGUAGUGUCUCGGCCGCGGUGAUGCUCGGUAUACCUAGCGGUGUUAUGCUCAAAUUAAAAUGGUCGUGUUCGUCUCAAACCAUAGUAGUACCAAUCCACCUGUGCGAGGAAGUGAUACCUUCGCCUGUAUUCUAUGCAACUGUUGUGCCAAUGAUAUCCUGGCUAGUGUUAAAGAAACUUGUACUGGAUCCUAUAGCCAGGGAGAGGCAACAGAGGGAGCGGCAGAGGUCAAUGGAGGCUAAUUUUGAGAGGUUACAAGAAAUGCAGCGACAAGCACGAGCGACGGUCGAGCUGAUGAGGGAAACAUAUUCCAGGAUCAGAAGCGACGAGGAAAAGAAAAAGGGGCUGGUCAUAAUUAAGGCCUUAUAUGGAAAAUUACCUGCUGGUGCGUCGGCUCACGAAUUACCCAUAGAACAAACGGGUGAUACAGCAUUACCUGAAUCGCCGAAUGCAUACUCGGAAGUCAUAGACGUAACCAUACCAUUGCAAUGUCUCACCAAAGAUUCGAGACUAGAACUAUUGGAAGCUAGCAAGUAUGAGUUGCCCGGUUUCUACGAUCCAUGUGCGGGCGACGAGAAACAUCUAACAAUCCAAUACAUGUUUCAUAACAACCUCCAUUGUUGCACAGUUGAAGACAAUCAGGCCGUUAUUCUUCCACGCAAUAGUCAUCGAAUUAAGAAUCGGUCCUGAAAAAAAAAGUCGAGGCGCUAGCAUUAAGCGUCCUUAUUAGCAGCUAUAAUGAACGUUACAAAAUCCAGAAAAUCGUAUCAGUAACCAUUGUCGCGAAACAUUCCAUUACCAAGUGUUGCCAUUAAUAUAAUAAUAAUUAUACUCGAAACGCACAAAUAAUAUCAAACUACAUUCUCCAAUAAUUUUUCGUAUUUUCUCUAUUUUUAAAAUGAUUAUUUAAAUAAUUUAAAAUACAAUUCAUUAUAAUGUGUCUUAUUUAAGAAAUAUAAUAAUAAUAUGAAAACGAUGGAAAUGAUAGCAAUAAAUUUCAGAUUAAUCAAUUAUAUUAUAAUUAUAUCAUAUUUCUGGAUUAUCGUUACAAUAUGUUAGUGUUAAAAGAAAAAUGGUUAUUUAUUAUUGUUUCAUAAAAGUACGUUAGAUAUUAAAGCAGAAUAUAGUGAAAUUCAAGAGAGCAUUACAAUUUACGAGAGCUGCGUGGUGGAUCACGCUCCAAGUAUGAUAUAGAAGAGGAUUGCCCAACAAUGGGACUGUUGAUGUUUCCUCUCUGAUACAUUGUACAUACUCAAAUGGAUAUUAGAUGCAAUACGAUUUUCUGGUUUUUAUACGAUGAUGUAUUUCGAGGCAUGAUAUUCAAUUGCAAUAAUAUAAAGGUCUAAAAGACCGAUAUAGUGUUUUUUUUUUUGAAAUUAUAUAAACAAAUUGCUAUUUGAUAUCGGAUAAUCGUGAUAAGUUGAACGCAUUUGAACAUCACAAACAAAGUCUUCUACAAGCGAUCAAUGUCUACUGCGUUUUUUUUUUUCCAUCUAUCACAUUUAUAUUGGUGAGAUAUUUCACCGCAAUAUAUAAGGACAUAAAUGAUCGGAGUAUGUUUUAAACGUAGUUUCAUAAAUAAACGCAGUAGGGUGUAUAAAAAGUGUAAAUAGUCUAUGGAUUUUCGCAGAGAUUGGUUGCAAAAACACUGCCACUGUGGUGCCUUAUUAUAGACAUUUCAAAGAAAGUCAUCGUAGAUCGCAUUUAGUACAUUAAAGGUUUAUUGUUUUUGCUUUAUAAGUGUAUGUUUCUGUAGUUGCUUUAGAUGUACCAUAAAGAAAAUUCUUGUCUAUUCUCUGGAAGAACAAAAUCGACACUCGGUAUCGUAAUCGAACUUGAAAUGUCGUAGUGAUGUGCAACGAAUACAGUAAUGUUAAACAAACGAUACACGGUUUUUUUCUUAUAGUAUUGUAUAUUAACGGGCAUAUGAAAAACGCAUGUUACAUAUCGUUAAGGCUUAGUAGCGCUGACAAAAUCCAUAGACAAUUUUUUUUUUUUUUUUUACAAUGUGACUUUGCACGUCUGUUGUAUAACAAUUGUUUAUAUAAUUUUAAAAUACACUUGUACUAUUUUGGUAUCGCUAUAUUGAUGUUGUGUUAUAAUGUAUCAAAUACAAUAAACGUUUUCCAUGAAUAAUUAGACAUUUAAAUUAUAUAAAUAUUUUUAUAGCGAUGAUUAAUUAGUAAAGUUGAUAAAAUAAUUGUUAUGAAUUAUGUUCUAGAAUUUGAAAUCGAUUAUAUCCAAAAUUUGUUUUUAUCUCUACAAUGUGCAGUGAGAAACAAAAAUAAGUGUACAUUUCGUUUUUGUUGAUCGGUCGUUUAUUUAAUUCUAAAUUUUUUUUUAACUAUUUAAUGUUACGUAAUCUGAUAUAUUGACAAUCAUUGAAGUGUUAACUUUUGUCAUUCUAAUAAGUUUGUCAUUUGUCAACAAUAUUAUCAUUUUUAGACAUCGUAAGAGUUGCCAAGAACAUUCGUAAGAAAUUUAGUUCAGAAACGAAGCAUUGCGUCAAUGCAUAAGUCGCUACUAACAAUUGUGACAAUGUUAAUGAUUCAAGUCUAGCGGCUUGUUUAUAAAUCUGCAGAUCCGAAGUCAUCGGGCUCAAGUCCAUUGCUUUAGAAAGCACGUAAAGCUAUUGAUAUUACGCCAGAAUUGUUCCGAUGGUGGCAGAUCGCUGUCUAUUUAUGUACAUCAGACUAUUAAAAUAUACGUGUAAGGUAAUUUAUGCUCGCUUCGAAGUUUACCACGAAUGCUCUUGGUGGCUGAAAUAGUGAAUUUAUAUAAAAAAAUUAAUAAAUACGAAAACUAAAUUAAUUUUAAAUCAUGACCAGAACUGAUUUAAUGAUUAAAGAUCUAAAGUCGUAUAGAAAUUGUUAAUGCUGUAAGAUAUAUAUGAGUGUGCACGUGUUUAUGUAUUACUUUACAAAUUAAUUGUUGCCUUGAUCGUGACCGUAUCGUUUUAUAAAAGUUGCCUGUUCUAUGUGUACCAAUACAACUGCAUUUAAGUAAAUAAAAGACCUCUGAACCGAUUUUGCUGCUAAACAUAUGAUAUCAUUUAGCUGUUAUUCUUAGAAUGUCAUAAAAUAAUGUAUUUUAGAUUAGACGUUUUCGUGCGCCCCUGAAAUAUAAAAUAUUGUUUAUUUGUUCCUAUA